AUGGGAGUUACUUUUCUCCACCACCCGAAUGGAACACACAUCUACUCUUGCAAGGAAUGCGAUGCGCCACUGACAAAUAAAGACGAAAUUUUUUCGAAACGAUUCACUGGCUCAACUGGGCGGGCCUACUUGUUCAAUCGCGUUGUCAACGUCGUCCACAGCGAUUCGAAUUGUCGAGUGAUGCUCACUGGUCGACAUAUUGUCAGAGACGUUUACUGCAAGAACUGCGAUACUAAGCUUGGAUGGAUGUACGAAUUUGCUGUCAAUGAUGACCAACAAUACAAAGAAGGCAAGACCAUCCUCGAAGUAGCAUUGAUCCAAGAACGGCCAGAGCGAACUGGAAUCGAAGGGCGCGUGCAUCGCGAUUUCCGAGAACUAAUGCAAAAUCAUCGCACUAUGGCGUUUAUGUAUGACCCUAACUCGGAACAAGCCUGA